UAGUGAAGCAACAAGACUUUAACUCACCUUUUACUGCGUUUCUCACGUGGCUGGUUAAGGAUUCUCUCUUAAAAGACUGGUUUGCCUUUCUAGAGUGGAGAUUUACCCACAGGAUAUUUUUAUGUCCCAGAUCUUGCAGACAUUGUUUCUUUCUCCAUUUUCACUCUUUGUUGCGUUUUAAGAAAGUCGGAGGUCCGUCUGGGAUAUCAAAGGUGACACUGGCCAACAUGAACCGUCCGGCUCCAGUAGAACUUUGCCACAAGAACAUGAGGUUCCUGAUCACACACAACCCCACAGACAGCACGCUGAGCUCCUUCAUAGAGGACUUGAAGCGUUAUGGAGCCACAACCGUGGUCCGAGUCUGUGACGUCACUUAUGACAAAACGCCACUGGAGAAUGACGGAAUCACCGUGGUGGAUUGGCCCUUUGAUGAUGGAGCUCCACCUCCAGUAAGCUGGUUGAUAUGGCUGAAUCUGCUGAAGAAGAAGUUUAAAGAGGAUCCAGGAAGCUGUGUAGCUGUUCACUGUGUAGCUGGACUGGGAAGAGCUCCAGUGCUGGUCGCUUUUGCUCUGAUAGAAAGUGGGAUGAAGUAUGAGGAUGCGAUUCAACUCAUCAGACAGAAACGUCGUGGAGCGAUCAACAGCAAACAGCUGACCUACCUGGAGAAAUAUCGGUCGAAGCAUCGUCUCCGGUUCAAAGACGGCCAAACACAAAAGAACAAGUGCUGCACUAUGUGAACACACACCAAACACACACAAACACACACAUUCAGACGAAUCUCAGGAAUUAAAACAAGCCUUAUGCCACAAACACUAAAACAGAGAAAUUUCAUCAGCCCUCCUGCACCUGCAUAUUUAUUUUUACAGAAAUUCUUCUUUGUUUCCUUGUGUGUAAUGAUUUCUUUUCUUUACUGGUUAUCUUAUUGGCAUGUUUGUUUAUUUUUUUGAGCUACAAAGAUGGAAAUAAUGUGUUAUAGCCGACUGUUUUGCUUUAUUAGACGUGAAGAACGUUUGACUUAUAUUUUCAACUCUUCAAACCUGAUGUGACCUCAGUGAGUUUAACAGGGUAGAAAAUACUUUAUUAUUUCCCUCAACAUUUUAUUUAAUGAAGAACCCUCAGAGACUCUUUUUAAACUAUUUCAGGGAGGCCGAACUUUUUCAUACUGAAACAUGAGAAAUAAAUCAUCGCAGCAGCUCAGUUUUCGUUAGUAUUUCAGGUUGAAGUUGUAUUUUCUGUUGUUCCUGUUGGUUUCAGGUAUAAAAGGGCUCAUCAUUGCUAUUAAAGCCAGCUUCAUGCAUCAUCGUGGUGAAGCUUUUAUUUGGUUUAUCUCAGUCAGUGAUUGAAUAUAAGAUGUUUACAUACAGAAUGUGUGCGUGCUUAUAUUUUACUGUUUACUGACACCUACGCAAGUUAAUACGUUUAUUUUCUGACUUCUGGACAGGCUGUCACUGUAUGUAUUAUAAAAAAGGAAAUAAUAAAUACACAUUACACUCAGUACAUUGUGGAUGAGGGAUGUAAACUAUAUGUAAAUAAGAAAAUCACUUAUUGUAGAUAGAGAUUUAUUUUCCGGUGUCAGGGAAGAUCAGAUGAAAACAAAGACUAUAUUUUAGUCUGAAGCCAACUUUGGCCUGAAAGAUGAAGACAUUGAGGUUUUGGUUUCAUAUUGCUGUUCAUCCUCACAUUAUUUAGUCGAGGUUACAGUUUUAUCGCAUUUUGAGGUUUAGUUUACUUCAUUUGUGUGUGUUUUUCCUGUAUUAAUCAUGUUUCUGCUUCUUGUUUAGUCUCAUUUAUCUUCUGAAAACAUCUUCAGCUGUAUUAAACAGGCAGUAUUAAGGAGAAGAGCAAACACCUUCACCUGAAAGCAUUUCAAACAAAUGGAUGACAGUUUACGACUUGUUGAUAAGGUGUGUGUGUGUGCAUGUGUUUGUUUGUUUGAGUGUGCGCUUCAUUGGUAGAUAUUAUUGAUCACUGGGACUGACCUGAGCGCAGACUUUUUUAAAAAAAUGUAAAAACACGCUGUAAAUGUCUGUAUGUCUGUACAUUUUUGCAUUGUUUAAUAAAGGUUUUGUCUUUGCCCUG